GGCGACAGAGUGCUACAGCCAUCGCCGCUCUCCUCUUGAAGAUGUAUUUCGGCCGCCCAUAGCGUUGGGGUGCAGGUUGCGUACAAAUGCCAAACAGACUCGGAGUUGGUGGCCGUAACGGCACAAGGCAACCGCGCGGCCGUGCAAGUAUCUCGGGAAGCAUCCAACGUUCUGGUAACGUACGCUGACCCCGUGUACGUAGUAAAUGUGACCACCCGCCUCUCAGGCCUCAUUGUCCGAUAGCCGUGCAGUUAUGCCUAGCGCAUGUACAGUUGGAAACAACACGAGCCUAUCGUUGUAUGCGAUGGUUCCAUCUGCGUAGUCGCCAUACCAUUUGGUGCGCUCCGGGGUAGUUUCGCCGCCCUUGCUGCUCACAGAGGAAGCAGUCGAAGUCCUUCUCCCAGGUUCACACGUAAUCGACGUCGUCGAGGGCCCGCCGAGACUUACGGUUCAUCUACCGCAGCACACGCUCGUGCUUCACUGCUGCCGCAGGAGCUAAAGGAAGGAAGCUUAUGCUCCGAUAGUAUUGGGCCUGUCUUAUCUUCCCCAUCGAUCGUCCAGCUAGAGGCGGCUGAGCCUCUGGUUAUAACUUGAUUCUCGUUGCGAUAGCGUUUGGAUUGUCCUCUCAUUUCAUCGUCGACCUCCUUUGUUCUCGAGCUCGAUCUAGCGAUAUGGCAAGGGAAAAUCAGGCUGGGAGAUCAUCCAAGGCCAGCAAUGGUCAAUCCAAUACCGAUACAAGUAGCCCAUUGGGCGGUGGCAAGAUCGAGCAGUCGACUCCGGCUGGCCCGCAUCCUCCAUCACCGCCAGAAAGCCCCAAGCUGAGUAGAGCCACGCUCUCUCGCAUUUUCCCGGGCUCAUCCCAUCCCAAUGGGGAGGGCAAGAGCAAGCUGGGUAAGCAUGACACCGAUGGCGUCCCUUCCAGCACGGACGCGACGGGCGCGUCCACAUCCGCGUACGCGAGUUCAUCUGCGCAGGAGCGCAAUCCCACGGCCACCGCUGUUUCAGACCUCUUGAGGACGAUGCACAGCACAUUGGGUGCUCUUGAGAAUACCUUCGAGGUCUUGGGUCAGCAGACUCUGCGAGUGGCCUCGCUUGGCCCUGCAGUAGACGCCUUGUACCAGAUCAAAGAGGUCCAAGGCGAGCUUCUCCAGCAACACGAGAUUCAGGAAGCGCGCAUGCAAGACGUGGAAGAGCGCUUGCAAGAGCAGGUGAAGGCGCAUUUCCGCGAGAUGCUCCGUCCUCGCGUGGACGAGAUCGUCGCUGCUUGUGUGAAGAAUGUGAUCGAAGAGCGUGUCAGACAGCAGCUGGCGAUCCAGAUUCCCGCGACCCUGCGAGCUGAACUGAAGAGCUACAGGCAACAGAUUGUCGAAGCGAAGGUGAAACUCUAUAAUUCUGAGGCGCGGCGACACAAUGCGCUCAUCCGCUCCUCGGGGCUGCACGAGCCCCUCCGUCCGCUCCUCCGUUCGCUCGGCGCGGUCGGCGCCGAACCUGGUACCGACGCGGACGCGGACGCAGACCGUAGCGCAGACGCGGACGGGAGGCCGGACAAGGAGGAGGACAAGGACAAGGAGAGGGGGAAGGAGAAGGCCAAGCAAAAGCAGGACAACAAGACGAAAGGCAAGGACGAGAACACGCCGCGCGGCGGCGCUUCGUCGACCGCUGCGACCGUCGGGACCAGCACGGGCUCGAGCUCGCGCGGCGCGCGUCCAGGCGGCGGCGAUACGACGCGCAAGCGGCUGGAGGUCGACACGUCCGCGUCGUCAGCGCGGACGGGGGCAGGCGCCACCGCUGCUUCCCCGAACCCGCCUACGGCAGCGCCCGUCGACUUGGGCAUCGCGCCCGGGUGGGACAUCGCGCCGCCGACGCCGUCGCCGUUCUUCCCGCGCAACGUCGCGACACUCGUUAGCCUCAGCGAGGCGCACGCGCGGACGCUUGUGAGGGAGUAUGGGCUCGUGCAGGGGGACGAACGCGCGGGUGAGGGUGGGACGCAAGGUGCGGCUGCGGCGGGCGCUGGGAGCGGGCGCGGUGCAGGGCGAGGCGCCAAUUCGAACGCGAAGGGAGGAAGGGGAUCCGGAGGCGGGCGAGGGUCAAGAAAUGAGGGGCGCACGGGGAGCGGCGGGGCGGAGGAUGGCGAGGCAUCGAGCUGGGCGAAUGCGGGUCUGGAGGGCUCACGAGAAGAUUACAUCAAUCGCUUCAUGAAGCACAUCGGGGUGAGUGGCUCUCUGGUCAUGGUCCCCUGCGCGGAUUGUUCAAUGCGUGCGUAUCGCGGCUUUCUCAGGUGGGAUUCCAAGUCCUUCCGUCUUCGCCAGCCGGUAUGUCGCCUGUCGUGGAGAGACGGGGUCAUGCUUUCAGUCGUUGAACGGACGUCAUGGACUGUCUGUAAGCCUCAUUUCGCGGUGUGUAUCAUGCUAAGGAUAUUGUUGUAUUGCGUACUUUCUUGGUUUUCUUGCUGUAGCUCUGCUGUGAUACGUGUAUGAACAAAGAGACGUCUUUGCUGCUAGUGCGAACACACGAG